CAGUGUGAGUCGGGAAGCGUCGCUUACACGGCUGAAAGACUGAGGAAAGACCGCUAUUUGUAGAGCAGCUUUCAAAAUAAAUUUAGGCUUAUUCCAGAGCCUUUUAAGCACAGCGAGGAAUCGGCUUAGAGGAGCUGUUUGGAUGACCACAGCGUUGUAGCACGUGUCCAUCUUACGGAGAUGUGUUUGUGAGAGGUAGAAGCGGACAGCGCUGCACACGAAGCCGAGAUGAGCGUGAGCUCCGCGGCGUCCGGCGCGGUGCCCUGUCGCUUCGCCAACUACUUUGCCGUUUGUGGGAUAGACACAGCAACUGGACUGGAGCCAGACGAGUUAACAGCUUUGUACCAAUGGCUUGAAGCAGACCGCCAUGGCAAGGAUCAAUAUACAGCAGCCACAGGUGAAAACUCAGAGCAGAGUCCCCUGAAGAGGAAAUUCAAGUCCAAAGUUCUGGCCCACUACCCUAAGAAUAUUGAGUGGAACCCAUUCGACCAGGAUGCUGUCAAUAUGCUGUGUAUGCCUAAAGGACUGUUGUUCCAGACGCAGGCAGAUCCACGUGAUCCUCAGUUUCACUCCUUCAUCAUCACCAGGGAGGAUGGUUCUCGAACUUAUGGGUUCGUCCACACCUUCUAUGAGGAAGUUACAUGCCCGCAGAUCUGCUCUGCCAUGCAGACCCUCCAAGAGAUGCACAAUGCAGAGCAUGUCUCCACCAACCCCCAUUCCUCCUGCUCUUCCUCCUCCUCCAGCAUUGACUCUCUGACCAGCAGUUUAGACGAGGCUGAAUCCCCCCCCUUCUCAUCUAUCUUACCCUCAUCUCGGGCAGUAGGUGGCUAUGACUCGUCACGGGACACCCUCUAUGUGUCCAAAGCUUUGUGUCUAGUCACCACCAUGCCAUUCAUGUAUGCAUGCCGCAACUUCCUGUCACAGCUGCACAGGGCUGUUACAGCAGCCACUGCCCCCCCACUACCCCUUGAGAGCUACAUUCACAAUAUCCUAUAUGAGGUGCCACUGCCUGCCCCAGGCCGAACGCUCAAGUUCCACGGUGUUUAUGAGCCCAUCGUGUGCCAGAGGCCUGGGCUUGAGGAGCUGCCACUUGCUGACUUUCCCCUUUCAGAGGCUUUCAGCCUGCUGGGAGUCGAAAAUCUGGUCCAGGUGUUCACCUGCAACCUGCUGGAGAUGCAGAUCCUCCUCUGCUCACGGGACUACCAGCGGUUGAUGACAGUAGCAGAGGGCAUCACUACCCUGCUGUUUCCUUUUCAGUGGCAGCAUGUCUAUGUUCCUAUCCUGCCAGCCUCCCUCCUCCACUUCCUGGAUGCUCCUGUUCCCUACUUAAUGGGCCUGCAGUCAAAAGAAUGCACAGACCGCUCCACACUGGAACUUUCUCAGGAGGCCAACUUGUGUUUUGUGGACAUUGACAACCACUACAUAGAGCUUCCAGAGGAUUUACCCCAGUUCCCCAACAAGACUGAGUUAAUCCAGGAGCUCAGUGAGGUUCUGCUGAGCUUUGGAAUUUCUGCCAACAUAGGGGCCACGCCAAAAAGAACCCGUACCUGCUCCCCCGGAAAGCCCUCCACAUCCAACAGGGAGUGCAAGACUGUCACCCUUCAACAACUGGAGGACGAUGGGCAUAAUGGCAACCUGGCAGGGGAGGAGCUCACUAUGCUGGAGCUGCUGCAGGGAAAUGCCACCUUGGAGAGACUGCAUGCACUAACCAAACGCACCGGGGUGACAGUGGCCCGCGUGGAUGCUCUUAGGGCAAGCAUUAAAGCUCAGGGGAUUGACAGGCAAAGGGCCGCUGAGGAGGAGGAACUUAGGAAUGCCAAGCUGAAUGUCCAGCUGAGGGAAGUGUUUGCCAGCCGCUUCACAACCAUGUUUGCUGACUAUGAAGGAUUUGUCAUUCAGAGUGCGCCGGACCUGGAGUCCUGGCUCACCAACAGGGAGCAGAUGGACAAUUUCGAUAAGGCCUCAUUCCUCUCAGAUCAGCCUGAGCCUUACCUCCCCUUCCUCUCCCACUUCAUUGAGACGCAGAUGUUCGCCACCUUUAUUGAUAACAAAAUCAUGUCCCAGUGGGAGGAGAAAGAGCCACUGCUUCGUGUCUUUGAUGCGCGCAUCAACAAGGCUCGACUCUACAAUGUGCGUGCUCCCUGCCUACGAUCCUCCAACUACCAGAGAUGCUCCAUCCUUAGGGAGUCUGCUCAGGCCAUUGAGCAGCGGCUCAUGAAGAUUGACCACAUAGCCAUCCACCCCCACCUGCUGGACAUGAAGUUUGGUCAGGGCAAAUAUGAGCAGGGAUUCUUCCCCAAACUUCAAGCUGAUGUGCUGAACACUGUGCUGAUCAAUAGCAAGUGGUUUCAUAGCACAGCGUCAGCACAGCGAAGGAAAGACCACAAUGCACAUCAAACGGAGCAUCUGAACGCUGAUAACGACCUGAAAGAGAUGGUUGAGGGCUCUCUGGUCCAGCAAAACUCCAUGGCAUUUUGGGAGUGGGACAUUUCGCCCCCUCCCUCUAUCAAACCGCCAACAAAAUCUGCCUCUGCAUCCUGCCUGAAGUACAUGCAGGAGGCCCGCAGCCUGGGGAAGAAUCUUCGUUUAGCCAAACUUGCUGAUCUGUCUCCUGCUGUUAUUGCCCAGACCAACUGGAAGUUUGUGGAAGGUCUGCUCAAGGAGUGUCGUAUGAAGACCAAGCGAAUGCUGGUGGAGAAGAUGGGCCGGGAAGCUGUGGAGCUGGGUCAUGGUGAUGCCAACAUCACUGGUCUGGAGGAGAACACUCUGAUUGCCAGCCUCUGUGACCUGCUGGAGAGGAUCUGGAGUCACGGGCUGCAGGUCAAACAAGGGAAAUCCGCCCUUUGGUCCCUCCUGCUGCACUACCAGGCCAGAGAGGAGAAGCUGGAGCACACAGAGUCAUCAUUGUCACGUGUUCUUGAGAGGAAGAAGUCUGACUGUUCCAUAGCAAUGCCAUCACUCUGUGUGUCUCUGUUACAGGACAUGAGUCAUAUCCAGAGUAUGUUAGAGAUUAAGACCGAUGUAGGCAGAGCCAGAGCCUGGGUACGUCUGUCCCUGGAAAAGAAGCUGCUCUCUCAGCACCUCAAACAGCUGCUGUCCCGACAAGCCUUAACCAAGAAGCUGUACAAGCGUUAUGCCUUCCUGCGCUGUGAGGAGGAGAAGGAGCAAUUCCUCUUUUACCUGCUGUCUUUGAAUGCCGUUGACUACUUCUGCUUCACCAGCGUCUUCACCACCAUCAUGAUCCCUUAUCGAGUCGUCAUUAUCCCCAUCAAGAAGCUGAGCAAUGCCAUAACCACCUCCAACCCCUGGGUUUGUGUGUCAGGAGAGCUGGGGGACUCGGGUAUCAUGCAGAUCCCCAAGAACUCCCUCGAUAUGACAUUUGAUACUCAGAACCUGGGAAAGCUGACGACAGUUCAGUUGGGUCAUGAUAACGCUGGUCUACUAGCUAAAUGGCUGGUGGACUGUGUCAUGGUGCGCAAUGAGAUCACAGGACACACAUACAGGUUCCCAUGUGGACGAUGGCUUGGUAAGGGUGUGGAUGAUGGCAGCCUGGAAAGGGUUCUGAUUGGUGAGCUGGUGGUGCCAAGUAGAGACGAUGAUGGUGGGAGAGGCUGCCGUACGCCUCCACUUCAGCAGUCUUCAUCCCAAACCACAAGCAUGACAUCGCUGUCUGGACGAGAAUACAAACUAACUUCUGCCCAAAUCCAAGAGGGCAUCGGUGACGCAGUGAGCAACAUUGUCAAACACUUUCAAAAGCCAGAGAAAGAGAGGGGCAGCCUGACAGUGCUGUUAUGUGGGGAGAACAGCUUGGUGGCCAGUCUGGAACAGUUUUUUCAUCACGGCUUCAAGUCUGCCCGGCUCUUCCAGAGGACUGUGUUCGUGUGGGACUUUGUUGAAAAGGCUGUUGCCUUCCUGCAGUCAGCUGACCAGAUGGUUGACAUGGGGUUGACCUGUCAGUCAUUCUGUCACUACAUCAUGGCAAUCAACUCUACACCCAGAAACAUUGGGAAGGAUGGCAAGUUCCAGUUGCUGGUGUGCCUUGGAGCCAGAGACCGUCUGCUGCCACAGUGGCUGCCCCUGCUGGUGGGAUGUCCUGUGAUCCUGCAGAUGUACGAAGACCCCGCCCUCCUUAGAGACCCCACUACUGUCAGUGCCCUCAUCGGAAUCCUGCAGACUCUUCACAACUUCCCUAUCAAACUGGAAUCCUCACUGAUCAAAGGCAUUGACCUUUAACCCCAGAGGAGGACCAUUGGGUAGCCACACAUUUUUUCCAAUGCUUUCCUUAGUACUACCACCAAUUACAACUCAGUGCUCUACUUUAGCCAACGGGCUCUCCACAUUAGGCAUGUUUCCAGGAAAGUAGGAAAUGACGAACAGGGACAUUCAAUUUUCAGUGGUGUUUAGUUCGUUGGAUUAACUACAAACAUGGAUGUGGUAUGAUAAAUACCAGCAUGAAAUGUAAAACCACCAUCUCUCACACUCGUGACUCGAGUCUUUGACUUUCAGCUCCAACUCAGCGUCAAGCCAACUGUUUCUUCCCACUUCACAAAUAUAUAGUUUAAUUCAAGAAUAGAUAUAUAUUUUUUGUAGAAAAACAGUUUUAUGAAUUUUAUCAAACAAACAAGAAGAAAUUACAUUUUUGAAUGAAUUUUACAUAAGUGUGAAGCACACCCAUUCAUUUUCAUUUACUUUGUGUUCUAAGUACUGUGCUGUCUGCCGGAAGAGAAAAAUGUCUUUACAAACAACAUUUGUGGGACCAAACCGUGUAUCUUCACAUAGGACAAUAUACUGUUACUGUCAAGCUAUCUAGUGUUUGUGCAGCUUCCCUGCUUGAAAGGGAUUGGUACAGACCGUAGGAGGUUUAACUGGGUUCCACUCAUGCAAUGACCACACCGUUUUCCUUCUUUAACUCCUCUUUACUUUUCUUUUUGUAUUUUCACAGGUACAGGUAAGUUGUAGCAGGUAGGUAUUGUGGGUACAGUUGUAAGUGGGUUGCAAGUGGUAAACUGCUAGGUAUACUGCAAGGUAAAAAACCGGCCGUUUCUCCAGACUUUUUAUGGCUGUACCAGCGCUGCUUUUUCCACGUUUUCUAGCGCAGCUUUGCUGCUGCUGGACAGAACGCUGUCUGAUUUGUUUGCCACUGGCGUUUCCUGAAAGAGUCUCUCUUCCCCUUUCUGUCCUUUCCAGUCAGGUGACGCAAUGACGCGGAUUUCCCAGGUAACGCUCUGAGGAGGGAUUCCCCCAGCUGUCAGUCGGCGCUGCAUAUUAACCCCUUCAUAUCCAGCGGGGAUUUUCCAAGUUGACUUCACAGUUACUAAAGCUGGAAUUACUCCUUGCACCGGGUUGUUCUGAGCUUAAUCGAGCUCAAACAACAGAUUGUCAUUAAUGAUGGUAAAUGGUCUGUAUUAAUAUAGUUUUUUCCUAGAUGAGCACUCAAAGUGCUUUACAGUACAGUUUAUUGCCCAUUAUCAUUUCUUCCUUAAACAGGAAGAAAUGAAGAAUUUGCAGGGGCUAUUAUCAGUUCAUUGGUGAUUUUGGCUGUGAUAUGGUAUUUUUUGAUAGAAAUGAGUGGCAAUAUUUUCUAUAUAACAUUAGUAUUUUCGUUAUACAAGAAACCAAUACAAACUGUUAAUUGAUUGUGCCACAUGUUAAAGGAACGAUCAAAAUAUUAAUUUGUAUUCCUUAAUUAAACAAUUCAACCCCUACUCUUCUAAACUGCAUAUAAAAUGAAAUACAUUUUGUUUCUCUUUAGACAAUUCUUUGCUCUUUCAUAAAGUUUUGAUGAAUUAGGGAAUAUGCCACAGCAUUGUAUAAAUUAAGGUGUUAAUUUUGUCAUUAUUACAUGUUAACAUUUUGAUUGAGGUAUAUUUAUUGUGACUAUGACUUCUAGAUCGAAGAGUAUGACAUAAAGUGGGGUCUACAACCCCAAUUCAUUGUAGUAUUGUUGCCUAUUCCAGUAUUGACACUGAGGGACAUGGUCCGUCAUGUUUUGCUUCCUGUCUUUAUUUCAUGUAUUUAUUAUUUUUAAUUUUAAUCCGUUGUGAUCGUUUAAAGUUUGAUAAAGCUUUUGGAGGGAAAAACUUUCUCUCAAGCAGUAAUGGUAUGUAUUUUUAUAUAUGCAUUUUUUCAGUGUUGAUGACCACUUAAAGGGCUUUCCUACAGGACAUUUUAUUGCCAUUCGCCCUUUCACACACACAUUCAUGCACGGCAGGACUUUUUCUCUGGGGGACAAUUCAGGGUUCAGUAUCUUCCCCGAACCCUAGCUGCUCCGACUGAUCCAAAGCACUAUUACAGAUCCUCAAUCUCAUACUGGAUUUGUUUGUGUGCAAAUUGUUUUGCUGAGGACAUGCACUCUGGACUAUUGAGAUAUUCCCCAGACUACCACACAAUGUGCUUAUGGGUCUAUUUGUGGUGUAAACUUAUAUAUUGUGAUGAGUAGUAUUAACCCUGAGUGGAUAGGCUGUAAGGAAAUGCUACUGACUGCUAUGAUGGUGUUGUUUGUGCAACCUCCUCAUAGUAAAAACAUUACCAGACAAAGAGUUCCAUGUGUGCUUUUGACUACUGUUGUGGCAUUUAUUUUGCCAGUUUAAAUAAAAGCAUGGUAUCAUG